AUGGCCAACAAUAGGGAUGAGGAAAAGCUUGCAAUCAAAAAAAACCUAAACGUCGAAAAGGGGAUAUAUCAGAAGAUUCAGAUGCUUUCUGGAAGACAGGUUGAUGUGGAUGAGAAUAAAAGUGCGCUGAAAACUAAUGACUUGCAGGCCAGCGAAGUAAUGAGUAAAGCCAAGACUCUGGAUGACAAGGCUCUGAAGGACCCGCUUAUCUGGAAAAUCAAUGAUUGCUUGUGUGUUGCUUGUGAAGCAACCACCUCCAGAACAGACUUCGUUGCAAAGAGAAACAACAUAGACAUAUUAAUUGAGCAUCUAGACAAACAAUACAAAGAUAGAUAUCUGGCACUGUCAUUCAGACGCUCAAGUAUUUCAAAAAGCUACAAAAAGUGUCUAGUUUUUGACGAUAUUGAAUUUAACCUUGAGGAUGCAUGCGAAAUUUCUAAAAUUGCAAAAUUUUGGCUGGAUUGUGAAGGAGAGUGUGUUCUAUUCGUUGAGAUGAGGAAUGGCAAGGAGAGCAAUGUGCUGUUUAUUCUAUCAUGCAUACUUUCAUACUGCAAAAUAUUUUGGUCGGCAGAAUCAGCACUCAACUCAUUAACUAUGACAAAUCCUCUGAAAUUUCAAUUCAAAAACCUAGAAACUGUUAUUAGAUACGUUCGCUACUACGAUCAAAUAAUUACCUUCAAUACCACACUGCGGUUUCCGCAGAAAAUCCUUAACCAGGUAAUCAUUACAACGAUACCUACAAUAUUAAAAGGUGGUUCAUUUGUUCCGAAACUAAAAAUACGCUGUAAAUCAGGGAACACUGUCUUUCCAUCCAACAAGUGCUACUUCGAUACCAACUACAUUGUUUUUAGCCAUCUGAACAUGGAAAUUGCCAAGGAUGCAGUUCUUUCAUUGUAUUUUGUCCAAGAAAAAGAGUCGUACCAUAUUCUUGAUCUGAGUCUGAACAGCUGCUUCUAUCAACAGGGGCUUUAUAGAUUCAUGAGAACUGACAUUGAAACCUCGCUUCCCCAGGAAAAUAUUUACAAAUUUUUUGAUGAAAAUUUUUAUAUCGACUUGGUGAUAAUUGAGAACAAUGAGUCGCAAUCGGCCAAUCCAUACACAAUGACCUAUGAUAUAGCCGAAGUUGCCAAGUCUGUUUCGGAGAGGUUUUUUGGAGAGGCAGAUGAUGAAGUUUAUAAAAAACUAGUGAAUUUGGGCUAUAGCCAAUGCCUGAGCAAGGUGUGUUCACAGUUGGGGCUUAAUGAGGAGAUGUGCAAAAGUCUCCACGAGCAAUGCCUUGAAAAAAUACACCAUCGCCAGUAUAUUAGUCGAAAUGACGAGGACGAUAACCGUAGUGAGACUACUAUAGAUGGAAAAAUGAAAUCGGCUAGUCGAACCAUGGAAACACCAGAAAUAAACCAUAGACAAAUAUACCAAGCUCUUGGAGAGUUGGAAAUAACUGAAGUCCCAUUGAUUGAGCACAGCAUUAUUCACAAGCUGCCAAAUAGACGAACGUGUAGUCGGCUGUUUGCCAAAAAACAAUCACCAAAUGUCCUCGUGAAUGAAACUGUGUUUUCAAUCAGGCCCAUUCACGUCAAUCCGUUGCAUUCUGUUGAAAAUACAAUUUUUAGUGAGAUUCAAGGUUUUAGUAUUCACCUGGAUUUUCAAAAAUUUGAAAAGCUUUUUUGUGAAGAAUCCCAGAAAAAGCUAUUAGAGAAAAAGGACAGUCAGAAUCGUAAGGAUGUGAUAGAAUCCAAGAGAUUGUUUAUCAUAUCUCUGUGUCUAAAGCAGCUCGAGAUGAAGAAAGUGUCGGUUGAUGAAUUGCUUGAUGUUCUUGAAAGAUCAUCUGAAAACCUGACCCAGCAGGAUUUCAUUAACAUAUUAAAGAUUCUACCAACCGAUGACGAAAAAGUCGUAUUAGAAAGUGUGGCAAAAGAGCAGCUAAGCCACACGGAGGCGGCCAUGCUGAGGCUUUCAGGGAUACCCGAAAUUAGACAGGUUGUUUUAAUAUUUGUGUUUGAAACAUGGUUUUUUGAGGAGACAACAAGAAUUGAUCAGACUCUCAGAAACUACAACGAUCUUAUUACACUUCUGUUGACAAGUAAUGAGCUUAAAAUUUUAUUCAAAAUGUUACUUGAAGUCACAAAUUUGAUCAAUUAUGUUUAUGGUAGAAAAAGAAAAAUGGUGCUGGGGUUCAGAAUUGAAAGCCUAUACCUUUUUUCAACAUAUUUUGGAAAUCAGAACUAUCCACUUUUCGACUUCAUUGUAGAAAUGCUAAUGAAAAACAACGUAAAAUUUGAGGAGCUUAGAAAAGCUAUGAGCGGGAUAGACCAAAUUAAAAAUGAAGAAAUCCCAUGCAUAAAGGAUAGAAUAAACAAGGCCAUAGCGAGCUACACCGAGUGUGUUCAAUGCCUUAGUGAAAUAAAGCAGUUCGAUACGGCUACUUUCAAAAAGCUUUUGGGAUAUGCCUGCAAGAAGCUAAAAGAAACGACUGCUGAGUAUAGAAAACUAGAAGAGAAUGUUGAUCUUUUAAAGAAAAAAGUAGGAGAAGAAUCAACAAAGCCAAUCAACAGUGUGCUUGAGACGAUACAUUCUUUUGGUACCAAACUUUUAGAAAGCGCAGAUAGGAAGAUUGCAAAGUCGUAA